AAAAAUGCCUUGGCAAAAGUCAUUGCCCACCCAGAGGACAGAAUAUGUGUCUGGUUCAGGCACUUACUAUUGUGACAAACACAACAGAAUUACUCUACAUUCUGCCAAUGCCACCCAUCCUAUUGAAGCAACAGAUGCCCCAACAGAGAAGCCAAUAAAGCCAACAGAGAGUGCUGGAACUGAAGCACCUGCACCUGUAAAGGCUGAUACAGUGAAGGAAGGAAGUGAUGCCAAACCUGCAGCUAGAAAACGAAGGGCUACAGAAGAGGGAGCUGAUAAAAAAAAUAGUAGAGGAGGAGAAGAAACCUGCCCCAAAAGUAGCUUACUCAAACGAGCCGAUAGAUCAUGAGGCACAAUAUCUGCAUAAGACAUGGGCUGAUGGGUAUUACUUGUUUGUGUUGAAUCUUGUUCAUGCUGAUGAUCUUCCAGAAGAUUUUCUCCUGAAAGUUAAUGUUAAGAUCAGCAAUGGUAACAGUUAUAUCGCAGCUGUGGAUUUUCCACUGCUUGUUUUCUAUGGUGUUAUGGCCCUUGUGUACCUCGGUUUUGGCAUUGCGUGGUUUAUUUUACUGGCUUGUAACUGGCCAGAUUUGCAUAGGAUACACUUCUGGAUUGGAGGAAUUAUUCUCAUAGGUAUGAUUGAAUAUGCUGUUUUCUUUGGUGAGUAUGAGAACAUCAACAAUACAGGCCAGUCUGUGAGGGGAGCCAUUAUCUUUGCUGAGUUGGUUUCUUGUUUAAAGCGGUCACUUGCCAGAAUGCUGGUCAUAAUUGUCAGUCUUGGCUACGGCAUUGUCAUACCAAGUCUUGGAAAGAUGUUUCAUAAAGUUUUUAUCGUGGGAGUUGUGUUUUCAUCCUAGCCUCUAUUCAAGGGUGUAUGAUGGCGCUCAAUGUAUGUUCUUUUAGCAUUAUUACGUGUAUACUUAAUUAUAUGUUUCUAUUUUAACUGAGUGUUGAAAAGUCUCUUGUCUAAAAUUAGCAUGUCAGCAGUAGGUCUGGUGUCACCUGGUUCAAUCCAUCAAUUUCCUAUGGUUUGACCCAUUUCACACCUGUUUGCUAUUUCACUGAAAAAAAAAGGACUGAAUAGUGUAUAUGAUCUGGAGAUUUUAGUUAUCUUUAAUUAUUUAAGUGCAUAAGCUACAAGCAAGUUGUAGUUUUUUUAAGAAAUUUCAUGCAUGAAUGAAUUACGAUUUCUUUUAACAUUACACCCUUUCUUUUCAAUUACUAUUUUGUCUGGAAUUAUAUUUCACAGUGUACAGCCUAAUAGAAUAGCUUUACUUCUUUAACCAUAGAAAUCAAUAUUAAAUAUCUAUAAGACUUAUGAAAUAACUUGAAAAACCAAAGGCUUUAGUCAUAAAUUAAUAAAGUUAAAGACAUAAGAGUCUAAAGAGUAUGCUUGCCAUGUUUGUAGCCCUCUAGUGUCAUUUAAUAAUUGAUACACAAAAUUGUAGGUUACUGACUACUUCAUUUAAAGUGUAAAUACAUGGGAAUAACUUGCCUAAACUAUUUUAAACUCAUUAUAUAGGAAAAGUUUUUUUUUUUUUAAUAUUGAUUUUUUUUAAACAUAUUUAUCUUUGUCAGAAGAGCUUCUUAAUCAAUAACUAUUUCUAUUUAAGUCUAUAUGUGCAUUUUAUCUCCUGCUAUUUCUAUAAUCAAUUUUCUUUUAGGAGAGAGCAGACCAAAGCCCACUAGGAAUUACACUUGGUGUUUUGUUACUAGUGAUUGACAUCUUUAUUUUUGG